CGUGUUGGGCCCCACACGGUGAAAAACAACGGACUUUGUUAGUCGCAGAGAAGUUACGCAGAAACUCCUACAUUAUUGGCUGUUCAAUACUAUUGGGUCAUCCCUUUUGGUCUUUCAUUGUGUUCAUCUGAUCAUUUGAGAAAGAACUAGAGAGCUAGCUACACAGGAAACAUGGCUUUGGCCUUUGUGGCUCAGUCCGCGGCGUCGGUCGUAAUCGAGAAGCUGAUCAGCACGGCCGUGUCCUACGUCGGGACAUGCGGCGCGGGGCCGAGCGCCAUGCAGAACGAGAUCCAGAGGCUUCAGCAGGCUUUUCCGCGGAUUCAAGCAAUUUUGGAUAUGGUCGAGGGGGGGCAGACAGUCGAUACAAAGCAAAACAAGGGGCUGGACGCCUGGCUGUGGCAACUCAGAGACGCUGUGGAUCAGGCGGAGGACGUGCUCGAUGAGAUGGAGUACUACAAGCUGGAGAAGGCAGUGCAAGCUGAAGAUAACAAGGUACAACAAGGUACAGCACUCACCUUAAAAAGGAAGUUUGCUGAUUUUGCUAACAAUAUCUUCGGAAAUGACGACACCUUGACGAGGUUGAGGGAGGCCGUGAAGGCGUUAGAUAAUGUUGCUGCUGCUAGUGAAACUUUACAUCAACUUGUUUGGCAGCUAUACAAUUCGGAUGGUAAGCGUCAACAGGAAAAUGAGAUACGAAAUGUCCGUGAGACUACCUACUUAUUAACUGAGGAUACGAUGUUUGGUCGAGACAGGGAGAAGGAAAGGAUAGUUGAAUGGUUAACAAAACCGACAAGCGAUGAGCCGGAGAAUGCUUCUGCAGCUGUCGGAAAGGUCUCGGCUUUUACGAUCGUUGGCAUGGGUGGGUUGGGAAAAACCACUCUCGCGCAGUUCAUCUACCACGAUGAGAAAGUGCGGCAUUGUUUCGACUUGGUUAUGUGGGUGUGUGUUUCCGAUCAAUUUGAUGUGACUAUGCUGACAAGAAAGAUCUUGGAAGCGGCAAAGGUUGGGGAUAGCCCUGGCGACAAGUGCUGCCUUAAUACAAUUCAAGAUUUUCUUAAAAAGGAGCUGAUCUCGAAGAAGUUUCUUCUAGUGUUGGAUGAUGUUUGGAAUGAUGAUAAAAUACUUGAAUGGAAUAAAUUGGUGGCUCCUUUAAAAUUCGGAAAGAAAGGAAGCAAGAUUCUCUUGACAACGCGAAUGGAUUCAGUGGUGAAAAGAGUAGCCAAUGUUUUACAAUGUAAAGAAGAAUUUUUAAAAUUGAGUGGGUUAGAAAAAGAUGAUUUUAUGCAUCUUUUCAAUACGCAUGCAUUUGCCGGAGAGGAUAUUGACCAUCAUGUAAACCUAAAAUUGAUUGGAGAGCAAAUAGCAGAGAAGCUUGGAGGAUGCCCGUUGGCAGCAAAAAUUUUGGGCGGAUAUUUGAACUCUCGCAUGGAUGAAAAAUACUGGAGAAAAAUUUUGAAUAAAAAUUUUCUAAAUUUGCAAGAAAGUAAGGAUAACAUUACGAUGAUUCUGAGAUUGAGCUAUGAUCAUCUGCUGGAAAGCUUGCAAAUUUGCUUCAGAUACUGCAGUAUAUUUCCUAAGGAUUAUGAGUUCAAGAAGAAUGAGCUUAUCCAUUUGUGGAUAGGUUCUGGGUUAAUCAAGCAACCAACACAUGAAAAGGAAAGCUUAGAGGAUAUCGGAGAGGAGUAUUUAAACCAUCUAGCAAGAAAAUCCCUUUUUGAUAUCAAAAUAAGGGAGUAUGGUUCUGAUUGUGAACAGCGUUAUGUCAUGCAUGAUCUAUUGCAUGAUCUAGGUCAGCUUGUCUCUUCAGGUGAAUGUUUGGGAAUUGAAGGUGAUGGUUCUGGAGAUAUUCCCAAAACAAUCCGCCACAUAUAUGUCCGCAUGAACAAGGUAAACCCUGAUAUGAUCUCCCAUCUCAAGAACUUACGGACCCUUAUUAUUUAUUUAAAUGAGAAUUUCACUUCAGUAGCUUUUAAUGAGGUUCUAAAAGAGUUAAAAAGCUUACGCUUACUAAGAGUGACUUUAUAUGGCAAUAAGUUUCCAGAUGAAGUUGGUAAACUCAUUCACCUCCGCUACCUCUCCCUCUCCCUCUCUUCACAGGCUUGCAGAGGAAAUGAGAUAUAUGUUCUACCUCAAUAUGUGUGCAGACUCUAUCACCUAGAAGUAAUCAAGCUUUCGGAAUCAAUUAAAAUGUAUCAUUCGGUAUGGGAUAGAAUGAGCAAUCUUGUUAAAUUGAGGCUGCUAAGUUCUCCUUAUGCUAGAAUGGACGAGAUUCCUUGGAUUGGCAAACUAACAUCACUCCAGGAGUUACGCAAUUUCCGUGUCCGUGAGGAGUGUGGCUAUAAGAUAGAUCAAUUAAAAAACCUGCAAAACCUCCGAAAACUAGGCAUUGAGAGUCUGGAAAAUGUAAGGAGUUCUGAAGAGGCUGCGGAUGCCAACUUGAUUGAGAAAAAAAAUCUUGAUAAAUUAUCACUCGAUUGGUCUACGAAUCGCUCUGGUGGUCUAGAGGUAGAUGAGCCACUUCUUGAUCAUUUAAGACCACAUACCAAUCUCAAGGAAUUAGAAAUUGAAGGAUACGCCGGAGUUAGAUCUCCACAUUGGAUGACAGCGAUAUCUUCUCUUUCUUAUAUAAGGUCUAUCAAACUAUCCAAUUGUGAGAGAUGGGAGAACCUCCCAACUCUUGGGCAACUUCCUUCACUCAAGUUUCUUAAUUUAGAAAACAUGUGGGCUGUAAAGAAAUUAUGGUGCUCAACAAGUGUUGGCAGUUACGCCUUUCCAUCACUAGAGGAUCUUGAAUUGAAAAGUAUGCCAAACUUGGAGUUGUUCGAAGGCGAGCACAUGUUUCCUCGGCUUAAUGAAUUGAAAAUAACUUUUUGUCCAAGGUUGAAGGGUUUGCCUGCUUUGCCUCUUACUCUAAGUCUACUGGGGAUUCUUGAGGUCGGAUUGACUUCUCUUCCGAUGAUGCAACAAGACAGCUGCAGUAGCGGCCAAGGACGAGCAUCGUGCUCAUCAUCAUCGCAUCCGGCACUUUCUUACCUAGGAAUUAGUGAGUGCCCAAACCUCGCAUCUCUAGAUGGAUUCAUGUCGCAGCAGCAAUAUUUUCCAGUCUUGAAGAGUUUAUCCAUUAUAGGAUGUGAAAAUCUAAGGCAUUUGCCGAGAAAAUUCUUCCAAAAACUUCCCCUCAUCGAGCGUUUGACUAUAGAAAUGUGUCCCAAUCUCACGACGCUCGGGCUUCUAGAUAAUCUAUUGCCCGAGACACUUGUAAGGCAGGAGUCAUUGCCAAAACUGACGUCCCGUCCUCGGCUGGAAGUUUAUCCACAAUUGUUGAAACUCCGCAUCCGGAAUUGUAAAGAGCUGUCGUCACUGGAUGGGCUACAAGAUCUCCCCUCGCUCAUUGAGUUGCACAUUGAAGGAUGCGACAAGCUCAUCAAACUUUCACUAGGCGUCACUAGUACCAGCCACACAGAUAUGGUGCUGCGCCCUCCAAUGGAGAAGCUUCGUGAUCUUAAAAUCCGGUACUGUAAAGAGCUGUCGUCACUGGAUGGGCUACAAGAUCUCCCCUCGCUCAAAUCCUUGACCAUUCACGGAUGCGACAAGCUCAUCGAAUUAGGCGUCACUAGUACCAGCCACACAGAUAUGGUGCUUAGUGCUCUUCACAUCGACCGGCAUGCUUACUUGCGUCUCGAACCACUGAGGAGCCUCAGCUCUGUUAGCAAACUCCGCAUAUUUGAUGGCACUGGAGAAUUCACAUCCCUCGACGAGCAAUGGCUGUUGCAAAACCGAAACUCCCUUGAACAGCUAGAAAUUUCUCGGGCCUCGUCUCUUGAAUCCUUACCAACCAGUAUGAUAGAUCUUCAAGCCCUGCGUCAUUUGACUAUAAUGAAUGCUCCUUUGCUGCGAUCGAUUCCAGAACUACCCACCUCAAUGGAAUCUCUAACAAUUUGGGCCCAUACACGGGAAUUGAAGGAGUGCAUAGAAGGCUCUGGAAAAUUCGCCAAUAUUCCUCACGUGGAGGUUUAUUAAAAAUCUCCUUCAGAAAAAGAUCAGGAAUGGCCGUGGAGCGAGUUACUGCCUGCUGGAUUUGAACGCCCAUCCGCUUGUCAGCAACUGUGAUCCGAAACCAGUUCUAGAAGAAGAGGGAGCCGACAAGACUGACAGUCAGCCAACUCCGACUUUAUGUUUUUAAGUGAAUUGGUUGUGUACAAAUUAACGGCACAUUUGCAUAAAUGAGAAAGUGACACUUUGAUCAAUAAUAUAUAUAUAUUUUUUUUUGAGAAAUAGAUAGCACACUUUGAUCAAUAAUAUUAAAAGUUGGAUUGUUGGAUUAGUUGAAUUUUCUCCUCAAAAAGAAAAAAAAAAAGGAAGAAAGAGGACUGGUUGAAUCAUUCAAUACUUCACAUUUUUUAUCUAAUAAUUUAGUACCUUUGCAUAAAUCAUAAAGUUAAUUUGUAUUAUAUAUUGUUCUCGUUUUAUUGUACAUCUGUGAUAGAUAUAUUCUUUUUUAGAGAUGAUACAAAGUUUUUUGCUUUUUCUCUUUUUUUAUUUUCUGUAUGUGUACUUGUAUUAAGUUGCUUUCUAGUUGCCUGAUCAUAUGUUGCCAUAGAAGUUGCAUCAGUGUUUUUUCCAAAGUAGGUAGUUGUGUAGGUCACGGUACAGUAUAUUUGUUUGAAAUUCUAAAAAUGUUUUUUUCCCCAGAUUGAUAGACCUUUAAGCUACGAAAAUUUUGUACAACCCUUUAUAUUAUGGAAUGCAUGAUUGAUAUGUUUAUGUUUCAAUAACAGCAUGAGCGUUUACUCACCUUCAAAUUUGGAGCUCGAUCAAAUUUAUGAUCAAGUGGAGCUGAUUGCAGAACAGAAAAUAUGAAAGCAUCGGCGGAGUUCUGCUUUGACAAAGUUCACCUUUUAUGUUGUAAUUGCUUGAUGAAGUUCAAAGUAGUUUAUUAUUAUGUUUUAUAUAUUUAUUUUCUCUUUAAGUUCCUUAAUUUACUGUGAUAUUCUGGUACUAUGUUUGAUAGCAGAUUUAUUAGCUUGCUUUCUUCUGCAGUCGGCUUCAGUGGACAAAGCAUGAAGGAGCUCUUUCUGUAUCAUUUCUAGCUAUUUCUACCAUUGUUUGUUCAAGCUUGUUGUUGCUACUAUAAUAGCUGUACUAUUUUUUUUUUUUUUUUUUUAAUGCAGUGGAAGUGACUUGUAAGUUGUAAUACAACACAGAAAAACCGGAGCAUCUAGAAAGUUUU